AUGAGAUGGUGCUGUGGUGGGUCGUAUUCUGAUGGGGCAACAAGUACCACAACGACAAAUGCUGUCGCACCACCAACUCCUUUAUUAACUGUUUCUGCAAAUCAUCAACAAUCGCAACGUUUUGGACCAAUGCAUGUUAGAAUGCACAAAACGGUCAGUUUAUUUAUUUGUUUGAAAACGAAAAAGUGAUUUAUUUGAACAUAUGUUUGUGUGAACCUUGUACUUUUCAACAUCCAAAACAAAAUGGCAACAAAAGUCCGCCGUUUUUUUUGGAAUGAAGAGGUGUUGAAAUUUGAGUGGGACUCUUUUUGAUUUAUUGCUUUUUUCGAGCCGUGCUUGAAAAAAAUGUAUGAGAAGCUUUUUGAAAAUUAAGGAGCAUGAGACUCAAAAUCAAGAUUCUGGUUUUCUGAAAAAGUUGAACUUCAAAAUUACUGGAAAAAAUAUCAAUCGUAGAUUUUAGUUAGUUUAAAGUUUUUAUAACCAACUUAUAAUAUUUUUUCUUCUGGCGAAAAACACGCUUUUAGAAAAAAUUAUUCGAUUUGUGAUUUUCAGUCUAAUAUUCCCAAAUUACUGACUCUCAAGUGAUUCCAAAAAUAUUCCUUUUUUGUUUUUUUUUUUAGAAAAAAUCUCUUCAGAAUUUUUUUCCAAAAAAUUGUGGGUUACUGUAGAAAAGUUUCUUUAUUGAUUAUUCCAAAUUGGUUUUCCAUCCAUCAAUUUUCGAUUUUCACACAACUAUAUAUAUUUUUAUCGCCAUCCUUUUUUUAUUAUAGUUUUUUCUCGAUUUCUUUCCUUUUUUCACACACACACAAUAAGGCACUUUUCAUUUCAUUUCACACUCAUCUAAUUCCAAUGACGUCAUAAUAAAUAUAUCCAAAAGUGACUUUAAUUAAAGCACCUCUUAAUUAUUUUUUGCUCCAUUUUCGAGCUUUCUCCAGAUCUUCAUUCUAUUUUUUAUAUAUAAAUAAAUAGAUAGAUAUUCAAGGGGAAAAAAGAAGAUGGAGAUAUUUUUGUGUAUUUUUCAGAGCAAGAAGAAUAAUUUAUUAUUCUCAACAAAAAAAGAAAGAAAAGUCCGCUUGCUCGCCAUUUUAGUUUUAUUUUUAUUUUGCCUCUGAUUUUGUAGCGCAUUUUAAAUUCGAUGUUUGAAACGAAAAGAUAUUGCGAAAAACUGGGAAUAAAAAGGAAUAAUCUUCAAACUAUUAGUUAAAAUGAAAAAAAAAUAACAAAGCCUAUAAUUAACAAACUGCUAAUUAUUUUGCCUCACGUAAAUAAUAAGUCUACCUCGAAAAGAAAACUGUGAAAUCUUUGAUCAAAAACAGUUGCGAUGAUUCAUUCAAAAAAGGAUUAUAAACGAAAACCAAGAAGAUCAGAUUAAUUUUGAAAUUUUAUCUUUUUAUCAGCCAUUUGUGACGUCAAUGUUUUCUUUCUUCUUCAUGUUUCGUAUUUUUUUCAAAAACCCUUCAAAAAUGUUAGUUUGUCUAUCUCAAUUUUUAUUCCGAUGAAGAAGAAAAAUAAGACUUUUUGCUCAUCCGUCCAUCCAAAUAUGUCUUGUAGUUGUAGUAGUAGAAUUUUGUUGUUGUCAGCAACAAACUAUUUCUCUCUCUGCGUCUUCUCAUCUCAAUGACUCAAGAAUUAGAGAGAAAAAAAACGAAGAAAAAGAUGCUCCGCGAAAAAAAACGCAAAAAAGAAGAAGUAACAAACUUGGCAUGGAUGGAUAAACAUUUUGAUUAGGAGCCGUUUUUUGUUGCCUUUUUUUGGACGGACGAGCUCAAGAAAAAAAGUUGGGAGAAAAAAGACGAAAAAAUGGGAAUUGCGCACAAUGACGUUGAAUUAUACUUCUUGAAAUAUGUAGAUACAUUUUGGAUUACUGUAGAUAUAUGAAAAACAUGACGAAGAUCACACUUUUUUGGAAAAAAAGAAAAUAUCUAGAAUGGGGGAAAGAGAAUAAAAACAUUUUGAGGGGAAAGAAUAUUUCAAAUUGUCCCUAAUUUUGGAAUCAAACUACAUCAGCUCAAUAUUCAGUCAAGAAUACAAACACAUCGAACUCCAGGUUUGAAAACCCGAAUCCAAAAUUGGGCUUUUCUGAAUCGAAAUUUUAGCUGAAGUUCUAGAAAGAAGGUAAUUUUCAAUCGAACCUGAAUUUCGAGAUCCGAUUAUAGGUUUAUCGUCGUCACAUAUUUGUUAUGAAUGUGACUUGGGACAUCUUUAAAAUUAUGAAUUCCAGUUGUUUGUCAACUGUUUUGCCGUCGAAAAUGUUGAUAAUUAGAAGAAAAACUAAAAUUUAGAAUUUUUCCGAAAUCCGUUUUAUUCUUUAUCUGAAAACUUUGAACUUCUGAUUUUUCCCAAAUUUUCAGAACCAUUUUUUUCUAAUUUCUCAACAUUUUCAAUUAUCAAAAAUAAUUCCAGAUGUAUUUUUAACCUUUUAGAUUGUUUUUUUGUUGACAUUUUUAAUAUGCUCCACAUCUGGAAAUUCUCUCUUCUCCUUUCUUUUUUUCAUCCGGAAACUUUCAAUUCUUCAUGAAAACCUAAAAAAAAUAGUAAACAUAGAAAAAGAGGAAUAUUGUUAGUGGGCAAUAUUUGUCGUCUCCUCAAAUAUAAUAAUAUAAUAAAUUCCUUGUAUGGUUUGUGUUAGAUAAGGCGAAAAGUCACGAAAAAAACGAAAAAGUGGGGGGUUUUUUGUCAUAGUGUUUGUCGAGUUGAGUUCAAUAAAUGGGCGCUUUCAAUCAAUUAUUUUUUCAACCACGAUUUUCUGAGGUAUUUUUCAAAACUUUGAAAUUUUUAUUUUUGAAGUGACAACAUUUUUGAAGUUGCUGAAACUACUAGAAAUUUGGCUCACUGAACAAACUUUUUUGAAACUUCGACAAAUAAAAUAUCACCCAAAGGGAUAAUUAUUUCAAAAAUCCUAUGAUGUACAACUACCCCAAAAUAUAGUUAUGACGUAGCAAAGUUUUUAGAACUUUUCCGAAAUAUUUUCUCUGAAAAUUUUAGUACUCGAAAAUUUCGAUUUUCGCCACGUCAUAGCACACGAGUUGUGCACCCUUGAAAUUUUGGAAUAAUUAUCUUUUGGUGUGUUUUUUAACUGAAAAAGAUAAUUCGAGGAGUAUUCCAUCUUCCCUUGUGGAAUAUUCUUCAAAAACAACCAAGUUUUUUGCAGGCUGUAAUUGUUAGUGAAGCAAGUGGUGAAAGUGUUUUAUUAGAUUCAUUACGAACUGCUGGAUGGAAUUGUACAAUUGUCACACCAAAUCAGGUAAAUCUUAUUAUCAAUUUCGACUAACGCGAAAAUAUAUAUUUCUUUCACAGUUUCACUACCACAGCUCUCAUAAAUAUUUAAUUUUUAUUCCCCAAAAAAAUCGUGUUAUUUUUAUGUGUCUCUUUUGAUGAUUUUCUCAUGCUUCGAUGAUGACGAGAAAAAAAGAAAAAGAAUUAAAAAUUCGGACGAAUUUUCGAUUAGGAAAUAAAUAAUGAUGCUGUUUAUUGAAUUGAGAAUAUUUAAAUUUAAAUUUGAAAUCGAAAAAAGAAGGGACUUUUUUUUAAAUAAAAACAUUUUUUGCAGGCACUAUCUGAAAUCGAAUCAAUAUGUCCAUUAGUUAUAUUAAUUGAUAUUCGAAUACCUCAUCCAUGUCAACUUGCGAAGUGAGCAUUUUUUUGUUUUUCAUCUCUUUUUUCGUUAUAACAAAAUAUUGUCUAUUUUUGAAAUUGUUUCUUUUUUUGUUUUGAUUGCUCAUCUCAAAAAAACAAAAACCGUACGACGUUUGAAUGAAUCAACAUGAGAAUAUUUGUAUUUUUAAUUCAUAUAUGUUGAUUCAAUUUUUUAGGGGACGAAGCUAAAAACCUUCAAAUGACGAAAAUAUGUCACCAAAAAACAUUCUAUAAUCCCAUUUUUACAACAAUGCGAAAAUUGAAGUUUCGAGAAAAGUUUCAAUAUUGUAGGCUAGAAAUUGUUAAUUCUAAAAAACAGAAUGAGGUAACAGUACAAAAUUUAAAAAAUUGAAACUUAGUCCUUUUUUGGAAAAGAAAAAGUCAUUUCUUGGAAAAGUACUGUAUUUAGAUUCAGAAACUUUAUUUAUUUUUUAUUUCAGAGAUAUAUCGUCUGUUACAACUGAAGAAGUAUUAGUUGGCUCGAUAGCGGAUAAGUGAGUUUGCAAAAUAUAUAUUUUCAGCUUCAGCUUCUUCUUUUUCUUUCUUUUUUCUCCUUCUAAAAAGGCGUUGUGUUUCUUUUUUCUUCAUUAUAAAAAAUAGUCGGUUGUUAUUGUUGUUUUUUAUAUACGAAAACGGAUAAACAACAGAAAAAAGAAAGAAAAACAAGAAAAACGAAGAAGUGGGGACCGAAAAUAAAACGAUAAUUUGUUACAGGCAUAUUUCGGAAAAACGAAGAAGAGCAUUAGCACAGGCAAAUAUUAUACAUGUAAGAAAAUUGAGAGAUAAACGAACAGCUAGAAUACAUUAAUAUAAUUUUCUUUUAGCAUGUAACAUGGAACAGUAGAGAUGUUGGAUUGUUCAGUUAUGUUGGAAGAUUGGCUAAUCGAAUUCGAGCAUUGCCUGCUUUAUUUGCAGUUUUAGAUGAGGUAAAACUAACAUUUUUGAAAGUUGGGAUAUCUUAGAACGUGGAACACUUUGGAAUAAUACAACCCGCAAAAAUUGUUCUCAAGAAUAAUGGAACCUUUAAAAAUAUUUGGGAAAAAGAAACUUAUUAAAUUGUAGACUGAUCAAGCGAUAGAAGUUUGUGAUGAACAGCGAGUAGUUCAAUAUGUAAAUCGUGCUUAUGAAACAGUAACGGGUUGUAUUCGAUCAGAAGUUAUCGGUCAACCAGAAUCCGAAAUGCGACGAAAAUCAUUGCCGAGACCGAGAGGUGAUGAACAUGAGAGAAGAAGAAGUAGUGAUUGGAAAUUUUUACGGGUUCCAUUUGCCAACAAGUUGGUUUUUAUUUUCCUUUUUUUUUGGGAAAAAACAUUUUCAACAAUAAUUUUUUUAGUACUCAAUUCGUGUAUAUGAAACGUUCAAAUACGACAACAGAUGCAGCUAUAUUUCGAGAUGUUUCUUUGAAAAGUUUAAAAUCACAAACUGGUGCAUUAGAAGCUCCAAUUUCUGAAGUGUUAUCAAUGCUACGCGAUGUUUCUUCGAGAAUUGAUGGAGAUGUUGCACAAACAGUUAAAGAUGCAAUGAAAGUAUUAUCAUCGACUGAAUUAUAUGCGCCAUCAAUAAAUCGAUUCAGAGAUGCUGAUCGAAUUGCAACACAAUAUUAUGAUGGUUUAAUUCGAUUACAUCAUCCAGCAAGGCAGCGUAAACGGAGUGUUGUUGAUGCACAUCGAGAAAAACGAGGUGAAUUUUGAAAAAAAAAACCGAAAGAAAUAACUAAAAUUUUAAAGAUAUUAUAGGAUCUCAUGGUGAACGACGACGUGUUUCGGCUGAUGUUAAAAAUGCAUUGGAAAAUGAUAAUAGUUGGAAAUUUGAUAUUCUUCAUUUGGAAAAAGUAUCAGAUCAUCACGCAUUAAGUCAAAUAGGAAUGAAAGUAUUUGAAAGAUGGAAAGUGAGUGAUGUAUUAGGAUGUUCGGAUGAAUUAUUAAAUCGAUGGAUUCUUUCAAUUGAAGCACAUUAUCACGCUGGAAAUACAUAUCAUAAUGCAACACAUGCUGCUGAUGUUUUGCAAGCAACUUCAUUCUUUUUGGAUUCUUCAAGUGUUGCUUGUCAUGUAAAUGAAAGUCAUGCAGUUGCUGCAUUAUUAGCUGCAGCUGUUCACGAUUUAGAUCAUCCUGGAAGAGGAAAUGCAUAUUUGAUUAAUACAAGACAAUCUUUAGCUGUUUUAUAUAAUGAUAAUUCAAUUCUUGAAAAUCAUCAUAUUGCACUCGCUUUUCAAUUAACACUUCAACAUAAUGCAAAUGUAAGUAUCUUGCAUAUAAAUUCUCUAAUUGUUAAAUAAUAAAUAAUAUUUGUAGGUCAAUAUAUUUGGAAAUUUAUCUCGUGAAGAAUUUAUUCAAAUGCGACAUGCAAUGAUUGAAAUGGUUCUAGCUACAGAUAUUUCGAGACAUUUCGAAUAUUUAGCUAAAUUCAACAAAAUGCAUAUAACAGAUGUUGCUGAAGAACAAAGAGAUACAAAUUCGUUGACAAUUUGUGAUAUGUUAGUUAAAUGUGCUGAUAUUUCAAAUCCAACCAGAGAAUGGGUUUUGUGUCAAAGAUGGGCUCAUCGAAUUGUUGAAGAAUAUUUCGAACAGGUUUGCUUGAUUAUUUGAAAAAAAAGUUGAUUUAAAUUAAUAUUAAAAUUAUUUAGACACGCGAAGAAAAAGAAAAAGGAUUACCAGUUACAAUGGAAGUGUUUGAUAGAAACACGUGUAAUGUUCCAAUAACUCAAUGUGGAUUUAUUGGUAAAAUAAUACACUUUUCAUUAAUUUAUACAUUAAAUUAUUCCUAUUUUCAGAUAUGUUUGCUCGAGAAGCUUUUGCUACAUUCACAGAAUUUGCAAAACUUCCUGAAUUAUCAGAACAACUUGAAUCAAAUUAUGAUCGAUGGAAACAAAUGACAACACAAUGGACACCGGCACACAAUUCUAAUCUAAUUCUUUGA